AUGAUGGAUGAAGUUGAACCCCUCGAAUUUGAAAGCGAUGAUGAAGACGAAACAUUAGUAGAAAAAUUCUAUGAAAAUCAACCAAUAAAAUCUUGGUAUUGUCAGUGUCCAGCGGGCGAACGUACGUGUGGGUGCUGUGCCCACGUGGCCUGUGUUAUAUGGUACUUGGCGUAUGCUCGACAUCACCAGUUUCGACCAUCAGCAUAUAAACAACGUUAUCGUGAAUCACUGCUUAUAAUGGACACUAGCUAA